CGCAUUUCGAUACUGUUUUCAUCUCAUUCAACGUAAUCCAGCAAGAUGAAACACUUCGGAUUAUUAUGUAUAUUUCUCAUCUUGAUUCAUUUUAGUACACAAAUUCCAAAAUUUGAGAAUUGUCCCGAAAGUGUUACGAAGACAUUUAAUACCUGCGAAUGCUGUACAGUAAAAUGUUCCGCAGAAGGGACAGAAAUGCAAGCACUUGCAUGUCCCUUGUCUCACUGUGCGGGAACACAGAUAGGAUAUCAUGAAGAUAAAACAAAAGUGUAUCCAGAUUGUUGCGGACAUCCCAUUUGCAAAGAGGAAUAAAAAUGCAAGUUGUACAUAUUAUUGCAUAAUUAAAAAAUGAUAUGUAGAAAUAUCGCGAAAAUAUACAAUAACAACUUUUUAAUAAUCUGAUUUUUAUUUCUUUAAUCUCAGUUAAUUUGUAUUUGAUGUGAGUAGUAUAGGAAUGAGAUUUUUUUUGUAAACUUGAUAAA